AUGGAGGGCUCGGAGCCCGGCCGGGGAGGGAUGCGGCGCUUCACCUGGGAGGAGAUCGGGCAGCGGAGCGGGCGGGGGGCGGCGGGGCAGGAGCGCUGGCUGGUGAUCGACAGGAAGGUGUACGACAUCAGCCACUUCUGCCGGAGACACCCGGGGGGCUCCCGGGUCAUCAGCCACUACGCCGGGCAGGACGCCACGGAUCCUUUCACUGCUUUUCACCUUGACAAGACACUGGUAAGGAAAUACAUGAGCCCUCUCCUGAUUGGGGAACUGGCACCAGAUCAGCCCAGCUUUGAGCCCAGCAAGAACAAAAAGCUGGUGGAAGAUUUCCGUGAGCUCCGUGCCACCGUGGAGAAGAUGGGGCUUCUCCAGCCCAACCAUGCCUUUUUCCUCCUCUGUCUCUGCCACAUCUUGGUGCUGGAUGUUGCAGCCUGGCUCAUCAUCUGGUAUUUUGGAGCAUCCUUGGUGCCUUUCCUCUUCUCUGCGGUGCUUCUGGGCACUGUCCAGGCCCAGGCUGGCUGGCUCCAACAUGAUUUUGGACACCUGUCAGUCUUCAGCAAGUCCAGGUGGAACCACUGGGUGCACAAGUUUGUCAUCGGCCACCUCAAGGGUGCCCCUGCCAGCUGGUGGAAUCACCUCCACUUCCAGCACCACGCCAAGCCCAACUGCUUCCGCAAGGAUCCCGAUGUCAACAUGCACCCCUUGUUUUUUGCUUUGGGGAAAACCCUCUCUGUGGAGCUCGGUGUGCAAAAGAAGAAAUUCAUGCCUUACAACCACCAGCACAAGUACUUCUUCAUCAUUGGUCCCCCUGCACUGGUGCCCCUUUACUUCCAGUGGUACAUCUUCUACUUCGCCGUGCAGCGGAAGCAGUGGGUGGACCUGGCCUGGAUGCUGUCCUUCUACAUCCGAUUCUUCCUCACCUACUUCCCCUUCCUGGGGGUGAAGGGUACCCUGGGGCUCCACCUGUUAGUCAGGUUUAUAGAAAGCAACUGGUUUGUCUGGGUCACACAAAUGAAUCACAUCCCCAUGCACAUUGAUUAUGAUAAGAAUGUGGACUGGUUCUCUACCCAGCUCCAGGCAACCUGCAACGUUCAUCAGUCCUUGUUCAAUGACUGGUUCAGUGGCCACCUGAACUUCCAGAUCGAGCACCACCUUUUCCCUACAAUGCCACGCCACAACUACUGGAAGGUGGCCCCUCUGGUGAAGUCCCUGUGUGCCAAGCAUGGCAUUGAGUACCAGUGCAAGCCUCUGCUCACAGCCUUUGCAGACAUCGUGCACUCUUUGAAAGAUUCAGGAGAGCUGUGGCUCGAUGCUUAUCUACAUAAAUAAGCAGCAGUGGAUCCCUGCAG